GUGCUUGGUGGAUAUCUUGAGGGUAUUGCCCUAAGUGACAAUCGAGUAAAAAUGAUGUCAUAGAAUUCGACCACGACCUUCCUCGCUUGGCUCCGAAGGUCACCGAAACUAAAUGAACUCCUCUUUCUCUGCUCAGUUUCUCCUUCAGUUUUGCCUUUUCCAGGAAUGAGUGAGAUGGAAAAACAGGACAAUGCCGCCGCCGCUGCCCCCAUUGCACCGCCUCUAACUUCAUGUCGAAAGAAGAAGAAGGAUGAUGCCACCUUUUUGGAGGACAUAACGGAUCACAUUGAUGAAUUCAUCAAUGCAUCCAUGGAUGAGCACAAGAGCUGUUUCACAAAGACAAUUCAGAAGAUGUUUGGAAUGUCAAAGAUUGUUGCAGAGAAGAACGCCUCUGCCCAGGAAGUUGAAAGUUCGCUGCCUCUUAAAACGGUAGUAUCAGACUAGAACAUACUCCUGACUAUUGACAUAGAUUUCCCUGUUGAUGCUUCACUUUUUCUUUCACAAUGACAUUUCGUGAUCAACACUUAAAAUGUGAUGGGUUCCUAGUUGUUCCCGUCUUGCUGUGAGUUGAAGUCUGGUUAGUUCAGAUUAGUAGGCCUGUGGAAAUUGUGGGUUUUAUGGUUUUAACCAAACUAACCUGCUCUCUGCGAGUAUUGUUCCACAAGAUAGAUAUAUGAUUAGGUGAUGAGAAAACCAUACGUACAAGUUGAAAGUAUCAUGAACAUGGAUUUGGCACUAUCUUCCUCUUAAAGAUGUUUGACAAGUUUAGGAUGAAGUGAUCUGAAAAGAUUCCAAUGA